CGAUCUACAACAUGCAACUUCCUGUGGAGAUCAUCGAUUUGAUAACCUCGUUCGUCGAACAUCCCCUUGAGGAUGACCGAUAUACACUUUGCCCAGUCGACAAGUACAACCCGAACUCAGUCCAUGACCUCAGUUCGCUCCGUCUGGUCAACGCAAUCUUUUCUUACUGUGCAACACCACGAUUAUUCCGAAUAGUCCAUGCAACAUAUUCUGCCCACGACAGCGAGAAAGGCUGUCGGCCACUUUCAAGACUGCGUGGAAUAUCCCGGAGCUACUGUGCACCAUUUGUGCGCCACGUCGAGGUUGGACUCGACGGCCCGUGGAAAUCUACCCCAGGCUAUGAAGCGUAUAUCCAGAGUCUUCAAGUGCUGCUGCCAGACUGCCUGGGUCGGUUACCCAAUCUGGCCGUGUUGAAUUUCCACGGACCUUCGUAUUCCCACAGCCAUGCUGAUCCGCUGUUUUCCUGGGAGAAGAUAUCAUGCUUGACCAACAGGGCAGUGCAGACACUAGGGGAUACACCACUGCCCAAGCUGAGGGAUCUUACUUUGGCUCUUCCCUUAACAGCAUCAUUUAGAAGCUUUCUGGCAGUCCCUGAUAGGGAGCAGGAGGCAAUCCACAACGUCCUGAAACAACUUGAGCAUCUCCGAGUGGAGAUUUGCGACAAUACUGGCUCUGGUGGGAAACGCUAUAUGCGCACUCCUCUAUCAGAGGCAAAGUCUGUCUUGCCCAACCGUGAACAUGCUAGUCAUCUCUUCAACUGUAUUGAGCUCGCUGGCAGCUUGACGUCUCUCGAAAUCCGCAGCACCGAUGUACUGGAUCUCGACACUUUGAGUCUCAGCAACCAAGAUCAUCUGCAGAUUCUAUCUCUCUGCAAUGUGUCAAUAUCUUCAGACUGUCUUAUAUCACUACUGGGACAGUGCACAGACACGAUAUCGCGUAUCGCGUUCAACCGCGUCGAAUUAAAGAGCGGAACAUGGCAAGAUAUCCUGUGUCGAAUAAGCCAACUCCCAUCCCUGCAAUACUUCUCCAUCGUGUCAAGUGGGUACUCCAAAACAGGCGAGAGCUGUGACCUGUCGCUGGGCUUCUCGCUGAUGAUGGAUGCUUCUCGAGAUAUUGAGACAUGCAAUCCCCUGGAUUACAACGCACUCGGGGAUGUUCAACGACGCGUCAACAGGAAUAGAGCUGCAGGGGGGCUGGCUGCUAUGGGACCUUGUGAGUAUCGACGAACGGAAAUGAGGUCGUUGGAGGAUGCGUUGAAACGGAAAUAUACUUGAGAUCCACACUGAAGGGAGGAUAUGGUCCGCUUUUAAUAUAGAAUUAACCUCGUGGCCCGGCCGAGACGGGAUAAUGAAGACAUGUUUAGACUUUAGAUCGUCAAAUACACGCAGAAUGGAAAGAUAAAG